AUGUUACUGUCUCGCUUUUACUCCAGUCUAGCAGUGACCAUCCUAACAGUGGUUCCUGCCAUGGCAAAUGGUCAUAACACCGCCCAUGCUAUCCAAGAAGGGAAUACCACAUCUCUAUCCGCCCCCGACAGCUACUUCAGAGACCCAACCGCAUUGAAUAUCCUCAACGGCCACAUCGCGUUCAUGUCUUUCGGUUGGUUUGGCGCAUUCCCGCUUUACAUUAUGCUCGACCUUGCAGACUCGAAUCUUGCGUAUCCAGCUCAGAUAUGGUUUCUAGGUUUACACGCAAUCGGGAUUAUUCUAGGCCUAGCUUAUAAUUCCAAGACACCGGAUUUAUAUCCUGGUAGCUCACAUCCUAAGCUUGGCUGGGUACUUACGGCAAUAGCUACGCUGCAAGUUUCGUUUGGGCUUUUGAGGGCCAUUGUGAGAUCAAGGGCUACCAGGAUUGUUUCUACUAAGGGCGAUGACAAUGAGGGUUCUCCUUUCAUUUCUUUUUCAGGAAGGGGCCCCAGAUCCCAAGAAGACUUAGAAGCGAGUUCUUCAGCGUCCUCUCCCUGUGGUGGCGAGGAUAGAAGGAACUCAUCCGGAACCGAUCCAGACACACUCUGUGAUGCUUCGCUUUCGCAUCAUCGCACCACUCUCGAUCGACGAUACAACGAACCGACAUCAUGGAUCAACAGGUGGAUGUAUGUUGUUGAUUCCAAUCGACUCGUUCCAAUUCUAACCACUGCCUCCACAAUCACCCACGUUGUGUUGGUCUUUCUCAGCUUCGCAACCCUCUGCACAGGUAUCGUCACCGUGACAGGAAUAUUCCGCGGAAAAGCCAUCUUCAACGGCCUAGCGCACUUCAUCAAAGGUGGUGUUUUCUUCUUCUACGGCCUCGCCACUUUUGCUCGUUGGAUGGGCUGUUUUGCUCGGCUGGGGUGGGCUUGGAAUCUCAAACUCCCUAGCUCUAAAAACUCGGUGACCAUGGAAGGAGUUGAGUGUUCUCUCAUUUUUGUGUAUGGGAUUACGAAUGUUUUCUUGGAGCAUCUUUCAGAGUGGGGAGGGAGAUGGACGGCGCAGGAUUUUGAGCAUGUUGCCAUCUCGCUCCUGUUUAUUGGUGGUGGCUUGAGCGGAAUGAUGAUUGAGACGAAAACGUUUCGAAUAACGGGGAAUUCCCAAGUGAACGAACAGAAAGCGAGUUUGCAGCCGGGAUACUCACUAAAUCCCAUGCCAGCAAUCAUCAUUCUCAUACUGGGCACCAUUCUAGGAGGGCACCACCAGAAUAGCACGGAAGCAACAAUGAUGCAUCAAUGGAUCGGUAAACUCCUCGCCGCAGCAGCAACCGCUCGAAGUGUGACCUAUUUUCUGAUCUACAUCUCACCAUCAACCUCCACUACGCCUUCAAGAGUGCCAUCUGAACUCGUCACGUCCUUCUUCCUGAUGUCUGGAGGUGUGAUGCUUAUGGCUAGUAAUCAGGACACGGUGGAAGCGGUGAUUGCGAAUGGAAUGAACGCGAUGUUGGUUGCUACUGUUGAUAUGGGAUCGAUUGCUGCAUUGAUGGCAUGGUGUAUGGGACUGUUUGUCGUGAGAGGGUGGGCUGAGAGGAGGGAGGAGAGAUACAGGAUGCGAGCGCGGAAGGUCAAUAAGGAUCAGGAUCUCGUCUCACCAAGAUCAGAUCUUCAACAAUUGCAAGAAGAAGCCCAAGAAAGCAGCAACCUCUCCGAACUCUUCCACUACUUCGUCUCCCACUACUUCCCCAGAAACGACUGGGUGCAAUCCCUCGUUCCCCUUCAAGGCACUAAUCCCUCUCUCGACCUCGCCAUGUCGGCUCUUAGCAUGGUGCGUCUGGGACGACUUAAUCACGAUGAAUCACUUCGAAGAAAGGGGUUGGCAAAUUAUGGAAAGGCGUUGGAGGGUAUGCGUGAUAUUCUUGAGAGUGGGGAGAUGUGGUGCGAGGAGCAGACGCUUGCUAGUGCCAUGGUUUUCUUGAUUUUUGAGGUGUUUGAAACUUCAGGGGAGAAUAUUCACGGGUGGAUAAGUCACAUGAGAGGAGUGUCGAGACUCUUCCAGUUGAGAGGUCCACAGAUGCAUGUCUCGGAAUCAAGUCAUCGUUUGUUUCUGGGAUUUAGACCCACUGGUGUUAUCCUUGCCCUAGCCACCCGCAAGGCAACAUAUCUCGGCGAAGAAGAGUGGCUCAACAUCCCUUGGACCACAUUCGCGAAAUCGGAUUUCCAUCAUCUCCUCGAUAUUAUGGCACGUAUGCCCGCUGUUGUCGAGCUUACUGAGCGCCUUAGAGGAGAAGUCGAUUCGGAAGAUAUCGCUGUGCAAAAAUUCGACUGCUUGCAAAAGAAUUGGGAUUUCCAUUCGCAGCUCAAGAAUUGGCAUCAAUCCUUCUCCAACAAAUCAUUCAUCGUCCUCUAUUCUACAGAAGCUACGACCUCGUUCUUCACCAAACCGAUGACCGAUCCAGAGCUAGAGAAUAUCUUCCCUACCUCUCUCUCCUUCCCCAGCUUCGACAUCGCACGCAUGCACUGCUUCUACUGGGCCGCUCUCCUGCGCCUCUACCACAACAUCUCUUUUCUCCAACCUUCCGCAUCUCUUGUCCACAUUCAAUCGAUAGAAGUAGCAACCCUGAUCGCGCAAUCGGUGCAAUAUCUCCUCUCAGAAGAAAUGCAAACAAGGGGACCAUUGAACAUUUUCUUCCCGCUGAGCAUGGCUAUGCAUACCUUCUCGACAAAACAGGUCGAGGGAGAAAGGGAGGUGAAGGAGGUGAGGUGGUGUAGGCUUGUGUUUGAGGAGUUGGAUAAGAGGGGGUUUCCUUUUGGAAGGAUAUUGGCCGGGUGGGAUUGGGAUGAUAUUCCGGUCAUUAUGUCGAAUGGGGCGUAG